AUGGAGAAGAUGGAAAAGACGUAUGGACAGGAGCCAGGGCAAGAACCAGGGCAAGAGCCAGGGCAAGAGCAAGAGCAGGCGCUGGAGCAGUCGCGGGAGCAGGAGCAGGGGCGCGGCGCAGGUAUGAAGGGGGAGGAGUUGGAUGUUCAGUUUGACAACGGUGCGCAUGAGGACGGGCUUGAGUUUGAAGAGGACGAGGAUGUGUUUCGCAAUGUUGGGCUAGGGCUGGAGGGCCACUACAAGGAGAUCAUGAUUGAGUACUGGCAGCAGCUGAUCAACGAGAUAGAGUCUACGAACGAGCCCGGGUCUGAGUACCAGGACGACUUCAAGUCGCACUCGCUACCGUUUGCCAGAAUACGGAGAGUCAUGAAGACCGACGAGGAAGUGAAGAUGAUUAGCGCAGAGGCACCUAUAAUAUUCGCGAAGGCGUGCGAAGUGUUUAUCACUGAGCUCACGAUGCGGGCGUGGUGCGUUGCCGAGAAGCACAAGCGGCGCACAUUGCAAAAAGCCGAUAUAGCUGAGGCCCUGCAGAUGAGCGAUAUGUUCGACUUCCUCAUCGAUAUAGUACCUCGUUCCACCAUAGGAGCGCAAAACAACUCUUCGUAA